CAUUUCCUGUGGAAAGAGCGCGGGAGGGGCGGGCGCAGGGGCGGGCCGAGGCGGCGGCGGCGUGGAGCUGCCUCUGCCGGCGGACCCGGCCGGGCCGAGCCCCGGGCGCUGCGGCGACGCCGGAACCCUGCCUUCGCCAGGCGGGCCCCCCGGCGCCCGAAGCAGCCCGCCGAGCCCCGGGCCAUGGUCCCGUCUCGCAGGACCUGGAACCUGGGAGCCACGCCCUCGCUGCGGGGCCUGUGGAGAGCGGGCGGGGCCCGGGAGCCCGCGCCGGGGAUGGCUCGCCCCGCCCCCGCCGGCCCCGCCGCCCGCCCUUUCCCACACACCGGCCCGGGGAGGUUGAGAACUGGGCGAGGAAAAGACAACCCAGUGUUACCCGGUGACGAGGACUCCGGUGCCCGAAGUGUGGCUCGCCCAGCUCUAGCUCAGUGCCGAGCCCUCAGCGUGGACUGGGCGGGGCCCGGGAGCCCCCACAGGCUCUACCUGACCGUGCAGCAGGCCCUGCAGGACAAGGGGUGCGAGAGCAAGAGUCAGGGGACGAAAGAAGAGAAGCUUCUGAAGAGGCAGGCGCCAGCCCCCAGGCGGGACCGGGAGGCCCCGGAAGCUGGUGGCACCAUGAAUAUAGAGAAAUCAGGUGGGCGGCUCUUUGGCAGUGGCAGGUGCUCGAGCCUGUCCGGGUCACCAGGUGCGGCCCCCAUGGUGCAGAGGAUGGUGGAGGCCAUGUCCCAGUUGCAGGAAGAGAAAGCCCGGCUGCAGGAGGAGCUGGCCGUCCUGCGGGAGAGGCUGGCCCUCCGCGACAGCGACCAGCAGGCCGCGUCCAUCCAGCUGCAGAACCAGGUGGAGAAUCUGAAGGAGAAACUCAUCAGCCAGGCCCAGGAAGUGAGCCGCCUCCGAGUGGAGCUGGGAGGCACCGACUUGGAGAAGCACCGGGACCUGCUGAUGGUGGAGAACGAGCAACUGAGGCAGCAGCUGCGGCGCUGUGAGGCUGAGCUGCAGGAGCUGCGGGCAGAGAAGGGGGGGACCUGCCUGGGUUGCGAGCACAGCCAGGAGAGCGCCCAGCUCCGCGACAAGCUGUCGCAGCUACAGCUGGAAGUGGCGGAGAGCAAGGGCAUGCUGUCAGAGCUCAACCUGGAGGUGCAGCAGAAGACGGACCGGCUGGCCGAGGUGGAGCUGCGGCUCAAGGACUGCCUGGCAGAGAAGGCCCAGGAGGAGGAGCGGCUCAGCCGGCGCCUGCGCGACAGCCACGAGACCAUCGCCAGCCUGCGUGCCCAGGCGCCGCCCGUCAAGUAUGUCAUCAAGACGGUGGAGGUGGAGUCGUCCAAGAGCAAGCAGGCCCUCAGCGAGUCCCAGGCCCGGAACCAGCACCUGCAGGAGCAGGUGGCCAUGCAGAGGCAGGUGCUGAAGGAGAUGGAGCAGCAGCUGCAGGGCUCGCAUCAACUCACGGCACAGCUCCGGGCGCAGAUUUCGAUGUACGAGUCGGAGCUGGAGCGGGCACACGGGCAGAUGCUGGAGGAGAUGCAGUCCCUGGAGGAGGACAAGAACCGGGCCAUCGAGGAGGCCUUUGCCAGAGCUCAGGUGGAGAUGAAGGCUGUGCACGAGAACCUGGCAGGCGUCCGGACCAACUUGCUGACGCUGCAGCCGGCGCUGCGGACCCUCACCAGUGACUACAACGGGCUCAAGCGGCAGGUGCGCAGCUUCCCCCUGCUGCUGCAGGAGGCCCUCAAGGGCGUCAAGGCCGAGAUCGGCCAGGCCAUCGACGAGGUCAGCAGCAACAACCAGGAGCUGCUGCGCAAGUACCGGCGAGAGCUGCAGCUGCGAAAGAAGUGCCACAAUGAGCUUGUGCGGCUGAAAGGGAACAUCCGGGUGAUUGCCCGUGUCCGGCCAGUCACCAAACAGGAUGGGGAAGGGCCUGAGGCGGCCAAUGCCGUGACCUUCGAUCCCGACGAUGACUCCAUCAUCCACCUGCUGCACAAGGGAAAGCCCGUGUCCUUCGAGUUGGACAAAGUCUUCUCCCCGCAGGCCUCGCAGCAGGACGUGUUCCAGGAGGUGCAGGCCCUGAUCACCUCCUGCAUCGAUGGCUUCAACGUCUGUAUCUUUGCCUAUGGCCAGACGGGCGCUGGCAAGACAUACACGAUGGAGGGGACCCCCGAGAACCCAGGCAUCAACCAGCGAGCCCUGCAGCUGCUCUUCUCUGAGGUGCAUGAGAAGGAAUCCGACUGGGAGUACACCAUCACCGUCAGCGGGGCCGAGAUCUACAACGAGGUCCUCAGGGACCUGCUGGGGAAGGAGCCCCAGGAGAAGCUGGAGAUCCGGCUGUGCCCGGACGGCAGCGGGCAGCUGUAUGUGCCGGGGCUGACCGAGUUCCGGGUGCAGAGUGUGGGCGACAUCCACAAGGUGUUUGAGUUCGGCCACACCAACCGCACUACCGAGUUCACCAACCUGAACGAGCACAGCUCGCGCUCGCACGCGCUGCUCAUCGUGACGGUGCGCGGCGUGGACUGCAGCACGGGCCUGCGCACCACGGGAAAGCUGAACCUGGUGGACCUGGCCGGCUCGGAGCGCGUGGGCAAGUCGGGGGCGGAGGGCAGCCGCCUGCGGGAGGCGCAGCACAUCAACAAGUCGCUGUCGGCCCUGGGCGACGUCAUCGCCGCGCUGCGCUCCCGCCAGGGCCACGUGCCCUUCCGCAACUCCAAGCUCACCUACCUGCUGCAGGACUCGCUCAGCGGCGACAGCAAGACCCUCAUGGUGGUGCAGGUGUCCCCCGUGGAGAAGAACACCAGCGAGACGCUCUAUUCCCUCAAGUUUGCUGAGAGGGUGCGCUCCGUGGAGCUGGGCCCCGGGUCCCGCCGGGCUGAGCUCGGAUCCUGGUCGAGCCAGGAGCAUCUGGAGUGGGAGCCAGCCUGCCAGACGCCGCAGCCCGCGGCACGAGCCCAUUCCGCCCCCGGCUCCGGGACCACUAGCCGUGCUGGCUCCAUCAGGAGGAAGCUGCAGCCCUCAGCCUGACGGCUGGGGCUGCAGCGUGUCUAGGGAAGUUGAAGCCGGUGCCUGUGUGACAGACGUGCCCACUGGUGGCGCCAGGGGCUGGGUCCCGAGGCCUUGCUGGCCUGCUCCUGCUGCAACAACCCCAGGAGAGGGAGAGCACAUCGAGGUGCCUCUUCCACCCCGUCUCCCCUCGGAGAUGAGAACAUGCUUGGAAGGAAAUGUCUCGCAGCUGUGGCUCUCAGCACGUGUGGCGUGAGCGGGAUGGGCAGGCCCAGCCACCCGAGAGCCAGGCCCCCAAGGGGAGGGCAGGGGUGUGUGGGGCCCUCACCCUGCUGGGGUGAGGGGGGCUGGUCUGGUCGCUCUCCUCUAUUCCCAGCCUGCAGGGCUGGGCGGCCUCUCCUGGGGGUGGCCUGAGUCUCCAGGAAGGCCCUGGAACUUGGCCGUGGGGACUGAGGAGGGCCCACGGCCGGGCAUGUAUAUAGAGUUCCCGGGGGGACCCCGGGCUGUAUUUAUGCUGGCAGAGGCCGGUAGGGGUGGGGGGCCUGCUGCUCCCCUCAUCUGCCUGACAGCAGGGUCUUGCUCACUGGCCUCUGGACAUUUUCUCCCUUUGAAGUCCUCUAUUUAAGAACUUUUGGAAGCUUAGCCAUUUUUACUUAUUAAAAUAAAAUCUUUUUACACACAUUA